UAAGCAGAAAUUAAUGAUGAUGUCUCCAUUGUCAUAAAGUGUAUGAUGCUGUAUUUUGGUCAUUAGUAAAAAAUUAUCUUAGAUUUAUUGUUGUACUUUCUUUUUCUCAGUAUAUAGGAUGGCUUCAAGAAAAAAUUCCAGAAUUGGAGAAAAGUCCAAAUGCACCCAACGAAGAGACUCUAAAGCAUUACAAACGGCAAGUGGAUUUCUUGCGAGGCGUCAUUGAGGCGGAGAAAUGCACAAAGGUGCUAGACUCAGGCACGGCAACGCAGAUGAUACCACAUGGGCCAGCGACGACGAGCGACCACACUGUCACCCAGCAGAUUCACCAGCGCACACAGGCCAAGACCACCAACCGGCUGCGACAGGAUCUUCUAGGUCUUGACCCUGAUGGAGAAAGCGAGCUGCACCAGCGCAAGGGAGCCUAUGGGGGGGACGUGAGUGCGGACGACUUCCAGAGAAAGAUGCUGAGUGACGAACAGAAGCGCGAGAAGAUGGUGGAGGAUAUGAUCAUCAUGACGAGAGAGUGGAAGGAGCAGUCGAGGAUCGCCAACAAGAUUAUUAAGAAGGACAUAGAUGCACUGGAUAAGUCGUCAAAAGUGGCCGACUCCAACCAGACCCAUCUGAAGGUCGAGGCGAACAGGCUGGCCGAGUACAACAAGCGAGCGUGCAACUUCUGGAUAUGGAUCAUGAUCAUCAUUGUGUGCUUUACGUUCAUCGGAAUGGUAGUGUUCAUCAGAAUUUUUCCUCGGCGUCAUUAGUCACAUGCAAAAUAGCUGCUGCUCGAACGACAUUGUUACAAAGUUUAUAUUUUUAUUUUGUUACCUGUAGGUUUAGAGUUUCAUGUCAUCCAUAAUCUUUUUUUUUUUUUUUUUAUGUAUUAAGAAAGAAGGAAGUUUAUAUUGUAAAAUCAAAUGUAUCUUAGGUUUUGGUAAUUAUAAAAAUCCUUUAUUUAUCACAUGUUCUAAGAAGAAGUGAAAUUGCUGGUGCUAUUCUAGUAAAGCACUGAAACAUUACAUGAUAUAUAUUAUGAUAAAACUUGGUGCAACGUUGCAUCUAAGGAACUGUUGGGAAUGCCAUGAGCUUUUUAAUAAAAUAGCCCAGAGAGAGGAA